AUGGCCGAUCCUAUUGCUGCAAUUGGCGAUGACCAACCAAACAUCCUAGAUCAACCGAUCCACGGUAUUAUUAUUCCAUCUGCACUAUUUGUGGUAGGUAUUUCCAUUAUCUCAUACAUGACUGGUGAUGUGAGAUAUCUAGCUGGUAUUUUAUUAUUCGCUGCUUUAUUAGGUGUUAGAGCACUAAGAGCUUUUCAACGUAGACAAUCUCUAUUUACAGACAGCUGGACUCCACUAGAGUUGGAUGAUCAAACUUUGAUAUCUAAGAAUACUGCAAUUUACAGAUUUAGAUUAAAGACCCAUAUUGAAACUAUACCUAUUCCAGCUGGUCACCACAUUGCUGUCAGAGUUCCAAUCAAUGGUGAAAAUGUUGUUAGAUACUACAAUCCAAUCAGUUCUAAGAUUGAAGCUGGUUAUUUGGAUCUAUUAGUAAAAUCGUAUCCAAAUGGUGUUGUAUCUAAAUACUUUGCCGCUUUGCAAACAGGUAUGACAGUAGAUUUCAAGGGUCCAAUGGGAAAAUUCAACUAUGUUCCAAACUCUUACAAGACUUUAUCUAUUGUAGCAGGUGGUACCGGCAUUACCCCAGUUCUUCAAAUAUUAAACGAAGUUAUUACUGUUCCUGAAGAUUUCACUAAAGUUCAUUUGAUUUAUGCCAACGAUACAGAAAAGGAUAUUUUAUUAAAGGAAGAAUUAGAUGAAAUGGCUGAAAAAUAUCCAAAUUUUGAAGUCCAUUAUGUUGUUCGUCAUCCAAAACAGGGUUGGGAAGGUGAAUCUGGGUUAGUUACAAUGGAUCAAAUGAGUAGAUAUUUACCACCUUACUCAGAGGAAAACAGAUUAAUUAUCUGUGGUCCAGAACCAAUGGAAAGAUUGGUGCUUGAACACGCUAGACAAUUGGGUUGGAAACAAGAUGGCUCCGCCUCAUUCGCUGAUGACCAAGUCUUUGUGUUUGCAUAG